AUGCGGUUUGUGAGGGUUCUGGUUGCUGCUGCUGCUGCUGCCACGGCAGUCGCAGAUCAUUUGAAUCUACCGCCACUGCCUUCUGGCUACAGCUCCCCUGGGCUACCAAUUGGCCCUCCACAGCCCCCUCCGGUGUACAUGGUUGACAAUCAGGGGAACACCCACGGAGUGGCUCCUGAUGCCGGGACCAUGAACGGGCCGGUUUUGACCAACAAGCAAAUGGAUGGCGUAGUCAAGGCGGAGAAUUCAACCGAAAGCACUUCCAAGCGCGCAACAAGCGGAUUCUGGAUGGAUGGUAUAACCCAUGGCCAAGUAAGACACGACACAAAAAGCGCGUUUCAAGUCUCAACUGACUCGUGGCAGAUGCCACUCGCCGGAGAUGGAUAUCAGUUCUAUCGCAAUGUUCAGGAUUUUGGCGCGGUGGGAGAUGGAGUGACGGACGACACGGAAGCGAUCAACCGUGCAGUUUCAUACUCCAGCAUGUCCAAUUCCAGCGAGCGGUGUGGUCAGUUUUGCGGUUCGACUUCGGUCUAUGGUGCCCUUGUGUUCUUUCCACCAGGAACCUACCUCAUCAGCACUCCAAUCGUCCAGUAUUAUUACACGCAGUUUGUAGGGGAUGCCACGGACAGACCAACCAUUAAAGGCAGUGCCAAUUUCACUGGCAUUGCUCUCAUCGACACCGAUCCCUAUAUCCCCGGCGGAAAUGGAGCAGAGUGGUACAUCAACCAGAAUCAGUUCUACCGUCAAAUCCGCAACUUCAUCUUCGACAUGAUCUCUAUGCCUUUUACCAAUUAUGACGGGGACCAGGAGUACAAUGCCACCGGUCUGCACUGGCAAGUGGCGCAGGCUACCUCCCUGCAAAACCUAGACUUCCAGAUGAGUGUCUCCACUGCGUCAAAGACAACGACCAUGGUGGGCAUUUUCAUGGAGAACGGAUCAGGCGGCUUCCUGAGCGACCUGACUUUCUUCGGAUUCCGCGCGGGAAACCAGCAAUAUACCGCCCGGAAUCUGCAGUUCACGUCUUGUUUGACGGCUAUUUCCAUGAUCUGGGACUGGGGUUUCACCUGGCAAAACAUCUAUGUCCAUUCUUGCUGGGUCGCAAUAGAUUGUACUAGCAUCGGCGGUAUCGGUUCCCAGGGCACUGGCUCAAUCAGCGUCAUAGAUUCGCAUUUCAACGGUGUGCCGUAUCCGAUUACUCUGCGCAACGGCGGUCCACACCCCAACAUUAUUCUAGACAAUCUGCUGAUCGAGAACUCUGCCGACGUAGUGCUCAUUUCUGGGGGUGAGACAAUCGUCGCUGGAUCUGCCGAUGCACUUUACUUCACGUCUUGGAACAUGGGACGUUUCUAUGAUUCCUUGAGUGGUGACGGCCAGGACCACACUGGGUUUCUGAGCCCCACCCCGAACAAGCCGACUAGUCUUAAAGACAGCUCUGGUCACUACUUUUCGCAGUCCAGACCUCAGUACGAGACUUAUUCCAGCAGCGACUUUGUCGUAGCCACUGCAAAUGGCAUCUCGAAUGACGGGACGGGAGAUCAGAGUGGUGCAAUCAAUGGUCUCCUUUCCAGCUCGGUUGGCAGUCCCGUCUUCUUUCCUGCCGGUAUCUAUCAGGUUCAGUCAACAGUCAAAGUUCCAGUUGGCUCGAUCAUUGUUGGCGAGGGGUGGUCUCAGAUUAGGGGGACAGGGUCAUAUUUUGAGGAUGCUUCGAAUCCGCAGGUUAUGGUUCAAGUCGGCGACGUUGGAGACUCUGGAGUGAUUCAGAUCUCCGAUAUGCUGUUCACGGUCAAGGGUGCUACCGCGGGGUGCAUCCUUAUGGAAUGGAAUGUUCAUGAGAGCACACAAGGCAGCGCUGCUAUGUGGGACUCUCAUUUCCGCGUCGGAGGAGCGGAGGGGUCCGACCUCCAGAUGGGGAAUUGUCCGAAAGGUUCAGACAUCAAUACUGAUUGCAUUGCCGCAAGCAUGCUCCUCCACCUUACCAAGCAGUCCUCGGGCUAUUUCGAAAACCUUUGGGUCUGGACAGCCGACCAUGAUUUGGACGAGCCUGUAGGAAGCGCAAAUACGACAACUGCGUCGCAGCUCAACAUCUUCACUGGUCGUGGUGUUCUGGUUGAAUCACAAGGACCAACAUGGUUUUACGGCACCUCUGUGGAGCACAGCGUGCUCUACCAGCUCACCCUUUCCGCCGCGAAGGAUAUCUUCAUUACCCAUGUCCAAACAGAGACCCCCUAUUUCCAACCAGACCCAGAUGCAUCGCAGCCCUUUGAUGUAGGCUUUUGGGACUCCGACCCAGAUUUCUCGGGCUGUGUAUCAGGCUCCAACUGUGAAGACGCCUGGGCUUUCCGCGUACUCGAUUCAUCCGACAUCUUGGUAUACACAGCUGGAUUUUAUAGCUUCUUCGACGCUUUUGAACAAACCUGUUUAGAUGAUGAGUCAUGUCAGGAACGAUUGGUGGAGACCAGCUUUACGCAAGGGUUCUGGCUGUAUAACAUUUUUACGAUUGGCGCUGCGCAGGUCGUCAGUCCCAUGGGAGGCAUUCCACCCACCUUGCAGAGUGAUGAUAACCAAAAUGGUUAUUCUACCGAAAUCAGCGCUUGGCUUGUUCUUGCCGAGAGCGGUGGUGAUCUAGGUGUCUCGUCCGGAGUCGAUGGAGAUGCCACCAUUGUAUACAUCGGUGGCUUGAUUUGGGUUGAACCAAGCCCCAUCGUUCAAUGCUCUCCUCCAUGUAUCAUGGUGCUUCCGCCAUCGCCAGUUCCCACGCCCACUCCUGUCAGCUUUAAUCCAAUUCCUACAUCGAUCAAUCUCGGGGGAACUGUCAUCUCUGAAGUUACACCAUCGCCUGUGACUCCAUCCGAGAUUGGAUUCUUUCCGGUAACCAUUCCGUCCGGUGUGUAUGGUUCCGUCUUCAAUAUAAACUCGAGUGUUACCCCCGGACCCGCGGUUGUUAGCGGAGGAGGAACCACAUCAAGCAUCACUUUCGACCCUACGGUAGGCCCCGGGGGCGUCUGGUUCAAUGCUUCGCUCGUCUACUACACGCUUCCUACGACGGUAUAUACAUCCAACGGAGUGACCCAGACAUUCUCGGAGGCUCAGUUCACCGAGUGGGCGACCAUACCAACAACUACCACCAUCACCACCUCGCUCAGCACGCGGGCUUCUACCUCAACAGGCUCCUCCGACUCGUCAACAACAACACUCUUGCCAGUAUGGGUCAAUAUCGGGGGCUUCUACUGGUCUCCAGUGCCCCUGCCUGGCCCAACGCCCCUCCCGAUUCCACAGCUCCCCGAACUACCCGAUAUCCCAGAACCGCCGUGCUUCAAGCUCUUCGACAUAUUCUCAAUCGACUGUCCCCCAGAUAAAGGCAAUCCCACAACAACGUACACCUCCGGCCCGGCCUCACCAAGCUGCACCAGUUCCUGCGGAACAUACCGCACUAGUGACUCGUCCUCCUCAUCAAGCACGUCAUCAUGCACGACAACAACCUCGAUUGAAUGCACCUCUGCGACAACCUGCAACACGUAUAUCGGAUGCGAAUGCCACACCAAGACCGUUACCGACUAUUGGGUCUCCUGUUCCGUGGAGAGUUGCACCACUACAAGUUCAAGCGUCGUAAGCGGCUGCUACGUGACAGGCACGACAACGACAACAGGCGUCGCUUGCUUGACAGUAAGCUUGGAUCCCGAGACCGACGACGAAGGCGACGACGCCUUUUUCCCUGCUGUCGGCUCUGCGGUCAUUGUAACAAAACCCGAGAUCGUAUGGAUCGGCGGCUCAGUCUACCCGGUCUCCGGCGGAGAAAUCACCCUGGGGAGAGGGGGAGGGUCUUACUCUAUCCCGUCUGUGACAGCAGCUGUGACGACGAUCCUUGGCGGAACGUCCGCCGUUAUCUACCCGUCUACCACUGGAACCUCUUACGAAGUCGCUGUGCCAGGUUUGCUGGCUACCGGAUCCUCCUCAAGCGCCACCUCCACCACUAUUCGCACAACGACAACGACAGCAACAACUUCAACCACCAAGCCAUCCCCAACACGAAUCGCAGCUUUCAUGGUCUCCCAGCAGGAUAUGAAUGGCCAAGGCGUCUUCCAAUGGUGGGUUAUAGACGAGUACACAAACAGCAUUACGGACGUCUGCGACGCGCACGCCGACAUCGAGGUCUCGUCGGACUCAGCCCCAGGCUACGACUUUACUUACCCGGAUAGAACAAUCGGUCCUUUCACUAGCCAUGGCAUUAAAGGC